UGAGUUUAGGGAAAGUAUCGACGUUUAUGCUUGUCAAUCAGCAGGAGCCGUGGAGAGUGAAACUGGAGGGAAGGUCGACGAUCGGGACGGAUUUCUAGUCCAAAAAGCACUUCAGUGCUAAUGCGACCAUAAUGUUUUGGAAAAAUAAGUUAAAACUAUAUAUAUUUUCAAGGAAACUGUUUUGGUUUACUUUGAAAUAAGGUAAUCAAGCAAAGCUUUCACUACGGCGAGUGUCACUCGCUGCCUCGUUGCAUUUCAGCUUGAAAACAGCGGAUUAUUUACACAGACAAAGUGUGUAAACUAAAAGAGGGCUCAACUACAGACGUCUAUUGCUGUGUUUGAUAUUCGCCAGAAGAGAGGACUUCAUCCAGAGGAGUUUGUGUCGCUGUCGGGAAGCUCUUCCCUGUGGACGUGCUGGAAACCAGGAGGAGUGACGGUUGGAACACGAAACUUAAAGCGCGUAUUUUCCUGGAAGGUAAGAAGAAAAUGAGCGGAGGAGAGGUGGUGUGCUCGGGGUGGCUCAGAAAGUCUCCACCUGAAAAAAAGUUACGGCGUUAUGCAUGGAAGAAGCGAUGGUUUGUUCUGCGCAGUGGGAGGCUGACAGGAGACCCAGAUGUGCUGGAGUAUUACAAGAAUGACCAUGCCAAGAAGCCCAUCCGCGUAAUCGAUCUGAACCUGUGCGAGCAGGUGGACGCCGGUCUCACAUUCAACAAGAAGGACCUGGAGCACAGCUUCAUCUUUGACAUCAAGACUAUCGACCGGAUCUUUUACCUGGUGGCAGACACUGAAGAGGAGAUGAACAAGUGGGUGCGCUGCAUCUGUGAUAUCUGUGGCUUCAACCCCACCGAUACGGAAGACUCCGCAAAGAUCUCUCACCAAGUAAAUAUGCCAGGGGGUCUGGUGGUGGAUAUGGCCCCUAGUGGAGGGCCAGGAGGAGCCUUAGGGGCUUAUGCACUGGCCAACCUGCCUCCUCCCUACCAGCCUGUCAGCAUCAGACCCUUGGGGUCCUCCUCCAGUCUGGAUGAGCCUCAGGACUACCUUUGGCUGCUCAACUGUGAGAGCAAGAAACCUGAGCCUAACAGUCCAGUGGUUCCUCUUGCUCUAGGAGAGGAGGAGCAGGAAUACCUGCUUCUGGAGGAGUGUGAGAGCAGGAGCGCUCCUCCUGACUGUCAGGCCCAUGGCGAAUGCUCCAAGUCUACCUCCUCCGAACCCGACUGUAAUGACAACCUCCCUUCCCACCACACACCCACCUCCUCCUCCUCCUCCAGGCACGCCUCAGUCAAUGGUUUCUUUCCUACCCAGCAUGCCGCUGGGCUCUAUGAUUCUCCUCCUUCGCGCGGGCAGUCGUUGUCGGCCGACUCGCAGGGUCUUUACCACCUGCCCCGAAGUUACUCUCAGGACACUGUGCUGCUGCCGAAGUCGGCGUCCUCCCUUCCCGCUCCUGACGGUGAGCCCGGUGAACUCUAUGUCUUUAACACGCCUGGUCGUAAACCCUCUUUAGAGGCCCAGUUGCGGAACUUGUCAGUUAGCUAUGAUAUUCCACCUACACCUGGAAGUAACUGUACCUACCAGAUUCCCCGUACUGCUGGGGUGGAGGCUGUUUCAGGGGCCACAGAUGUGGUACCGCCCCCUCGUCCACCUAAGCCUUUACUGACCACGGGAACAGUUCCACCUGAGCGGUCACCCACGGACACGUAUGUGGUGCCACGGUCAGUGUCUGAGACUGAUGGGAAUUACUGCGUGCCAUCUAGUACAGGAGGCAACAAAGCACUAAGGAGCAACACCAUUGGUACAGUGGAUUCUUCACGUCUACGUAAAGAUUACGGAUCUCAAGACUGCUAUGAUAUACCCCGUCCCUUCCCCCCAGAUAAAAGUUGCUCAUUUGAUUUUAAUGAAAGCUUCAACAACUAUUUUAAGAAUAAAGGCAUGGUGCCAGUAGGAGGUGUUUCCACUGAGGAGAUGGACGAGAACUAUGUACCCAUGAGCGUCCACUCUUCGUCACAUCAGCGCUCUGGCAGCCUAUCAGAACCCAUCCAGGAGCCCAACUAUGUGCCCAUGACACCAGGCACAGUGGAGUUCUCCUCACUCGGAAAACAGGUGCCCCCUCCAGCCCACAUGGGCUUCCGCUCCAGCCCCAAGACCCCACCUCGUAGACCGGUGCACAUGCCCGAAUGCCAACCGCCGCCUGUUGACCGCAACCUCAAACCUGACCGUAAAGGUCAGAGCCCUAAAAUAAACAGAGCAGUCGGUCUUGAGCGAACCGACUCCCAAACCAUAGGUGAAUUCUCAAGACGGCGUAAGGUUAAGCCGGCCCCUUUGGAGAUCAAGCCUCUAGCUGAGUGGGAGGAGUAUACGGCACCGGUCCGUUCCCCCGUGACCAGGUCCUUCACGAGGGACCCCUCUAGGUGUACCGCAGCCCCCAGACCGUCCUCGGGGCAUAGCACUGCCUCCAGCAGCGACUCCGACGACUGUGAUGAGAAUUAUGUAACCAUGCAACACGCUAAUAUGUCUACAGAUGAACCAAACAUGAAGCUAGCAGCACCAAUGAAUGCUGAUGGAGGUGGCAGUCCCAUGGUGAAGCCCAAAGGAGACAAGCAGGUGGAGUACCUGGACCUCGACUUGGACCCUGGGAAAUCAACUCCUCCUCGGAAGAAGAAGAGUAACGGGACUGGUAUUUCAGCAUCAGACGAGCGGGUAGACUAUGUGGUGGUGGAUCAGCAGCGAACGCAAGCACUGAAGAGCACACGUGAGGCCUGGAGUGACGGACGGCAGUCGACGGAGCAAGAUCCCCCCAACAAAGGGGCCAAAUGACACCCAUCUCUUUCCUCUUUUGUGCACGGUCAUGACUCGCGGGAGGCCGAGGAAUGGAGGGCACUGCACAUGCUCUGAACCUCCUAUCAGGCCUCCACGUUUGAUUUUAGAU